UCCCACUUUGGUUGCCACAAAGUUUUUUUUAUGUUUAUUUUAGUUUGAAAAUUUUUUUAAGAUGCCAACUAUCAGAUCAAGUUAUAAAUGGUCGUGCCAGAAUAAUAAAACUGUCACCCUGAACUUUUUGAAUUAUUGGUUGUUUUAUUAGAGAACUAAUUUUAAAAAAUUACAUAAUUAUUUCUCGUACUAUUUUAUUACAAAUUCUGAAAUGUUUUUCUUCAUUUUUUCAGUGGCUAAACCUUAUAUUAGGUUAAUUUGGAUCGUUUGGUUAAAUUUAUCCACCGCUUAUUAUUAUUAUAUUUCAGAUGAUAUUGAGAUUGUAUUCUUCAGUUUAGACAAGGAUCAAAAUGAGGAUUGGAAAGAAAAUGCAAAAUUCCUUCCUACUGAUGUCCAUCAUCAGGUUGCUAUAUAUUUCCGAACUCCUCCUUUCAAAGAGAAUAUUGAUAAAGAUGUUUUCAUUCAACUUCGUAACAAGUCAAAUGGAAUGAAAAGUAAUGAAGUGAAAUUCCAUUAUUUACGUUGCCACGAGUUGGAACCAGAAUCCAUAGUACAGCAAACAAAGAAACGGAAAAGACUGGACCUCCCUGAAGGUGACCUUUCUAUGUCACUGCCAAGUUCUUCAGAAAUUGAACAAAUAAAAGAUUUUAGUGACUUAGAAAGUUAUCUGGGAUUAAAACCUCCUCUAUCAAUGUCUCAAAUAUCUACUAUUCUCGGAGAAUCAUUUAAUGAUGAUAAGCCGUCUAAUGAGUUGUCAGUUGAAAUAAAAGAUUCCCUUACCUUCAACUCUUUUGAUGAAGUAGAUUUUGAUGGUCUUAUCGAUAAUCUGGCAUCUCUAAAUAUUAAAGAAAAGACUUCUGAGGGGAUAAUGAAUAAAAGCUGCUCUUCAGAAGCAGAACAGGAACAAAUGCUAAAAAGUAGUGUUAUAAAUCAGAUCAAAGAAAGCAAAAAGGAUAAAUUUUUUAAAUUUCUUCCAACUUUAAUAGCUUUUGAAGAUGAAAGUGAAAAUAAUAUCUUGCAUUUGUUUGUUCUUGAGGAAAGUGAAGAUGUAUCUUUGUUGUUAAAAAUGUUGGAAUAUGCUCCAAUCGAUCUUCUAAACCAAGUCAACAAAAUGCAUAUG